AUGUGCCGCCACCAGAAUGGGAGCAUCAUUCGCACACGCUACCCCGCCGCUCAUACCGGCCAACCGUCCUCAUUUUCACAACUAUUGCACGGACAUACUGUUGCGCCAGCUCCACCGCAUGCGGUUGCACCUCCUCCGGUUCUGUCAGGAUCGGCACCCACCCUACUUGUCCCGCCUCCGCAUACAAAUGCGUUCACGAGCAUGCGCAACCGCCUGUAUGCACCGCUCGGCAUGCAGCGAUUGCGCUCUGGCGGUGCUGCAAAUGUCCUGACCGCUCCUGUGCCACCGCCGCCCAUUUUGGCAACCGAGGUUCAGGUUGGUAUCGUCUUUCAAGUUCUACGAACACCUCCACCGUCUCGCCCACCUUUCUUCUCUUAG